UGUAUCAUACCUUAACUGUGGGUAAAGUAUGACGUAAUUAACGUAGGAAAAUCUCGUACAAUUUCUUGUCAUUGUAAGGAAACUCUGGUAACUUAAAUAAUGAGAACCUCAAAAUACUUCAAGUGGUACAUUGUUACAGAAAUUAUUCUGACAUAAACAUUUUGGUGAUCGUCAAAGGACCACUGUUGAUUGCUGUAAUUAUUCUCCUGAUGCAUUUUCAAUACUAUUUGACAGUUAUGUCCUAAGAUUUCAGUUUAUCUGUAUAAGUCAUCAAUUUUUUGGAUGGGAACAUCGCAGUCACGCAAAAAUAAGCAUAAUACAAUGAACAGUAAUAACAAAGAGUCGAGUAAAACCCCAGCGAAUGAGAAUGCAAGCAGCACCAGACCCCUGUCCAUUGAGGCAGCACGACCCUCUGGACCGAUGCAUCCAGUGGAAAAUCAGCCAAGACAACCAGAGAAUCUUCAAGGGCUCUUGAGAUUCGCCAUGGAAGCUACGAAAGCAGAAGACGCACCUCAUAGCACUCACUUCACUCCGAUGGACGAGGAGAGAAAGAAGUUUCUGAACGAGGCAAUCAAUUCUCUGACAGUGAACGUUAUCGAAGAGCUGCAGAAGUCGAUAAAACUUCUGAGAGAUGUAAUGGAAUUGCGUCCAGAGGACGAUCCAGCUGAUUACGAAAAUGCCCUGGAAGUAAUUGCCGAAUACAUCGACAGUACAGACAUUGCUAACGAUUUUUAUAAAAUCGGGGGCUUCUCCAUCUUCGGUCACUGUCUGAACUCCCCUCACGCCUCGAUCAGGUGGAAAGCCGCAGAUAUCAUUGCUGAGCUGACCCAGAACAACCCUUUUUGUCAAGAUAAGGUCCUGGAGAUGGGACUCAUGCCUAUUCUGCUGGGAAUGGUCGAUUCUGAUCCCUCAGAUCAAGCGAGGAUCAAGUCGCUUUAUGCAGUAUCGUGCAUCGUCCGAGGUAACGCCCUCGCACUGAAGUACAUGGACGUCAAUGAUGGAUAUGCAGUACUGAUGAGAGCCCUUCAGAGUCCAAUCGAAAAACUUCAGAUAAAAUCAGCAUUUUUGCUCUCUGCACUUUGCAAUAAAGAGAAUGCACAUGUUAUCAGAUCGAAAAUGAUUAAAAUGGGGCUAGUAAAGCAAGCUGCUGAAUUGCUGGCAAUGUCGACAGCUCUUCCUGACACCAGAGACCGUUUGCUGGAUAUUCUUAACAGUCUCACCCUCGACAGUAAUCUCCCUGCUCUCAGAGAGUGCAGGCGACCUGAAUUGAGGCUUAAGGAGACCUUGGAACGUCACCUGCUAGAUUUAAACGCUGAAGAAGCUGUUGAUGAGGCCCAGUCUUGUGCCCAGUUACUCGAUAAAAUCUUCGCUGACCAAUCGAUGAAUCAAGAUAGAUAGCUACUCUAAUCAAUAUUUUAUAAUAUUUCAUUUGAUUGUUUUCACGUAGGAAAAAAUUCAAUCAAUUUCCAAACUUUCCUCUAAUUUGAAUUUUUUCAGACGUGUUUCAGUUCAUUUUCGCAGCAAAGUGGGAAAACGAAAUAAUCAACUCAACUCUGCUAGGUUUCUUGAAAAUAUUUCCAAAAAUAAGGGAGAUAACCAAAUUUUUCUAAUAACCUUUUUCGUAAUUCUUAAUUAGCUCUACCAAAAAGGUUGUUAUAGAAAUUUUCAUUUUUGCUUUAAUUUAGGAGAUAUGAACAGAAAACUAGAUCAAUUUACGUCGUUUUUCCACUUGACUAGUUUUGGACAAUAAAGAAUUGAUUAACAAUAA